CUCAAACUCAAACAGUUGCAGUAGUUUUUUUAGCCGACACAGUUGAGUUGAAGUCACACCGACAAAAACUUUGUGCAAGUGAAAGUGUGUUAACGCCUUCAUCCGAAAUUCCCAACGACAAAUCAUCAAAAUCCUUAUCAAUCUUAUAUAUCCACAAUUAAAUCAACACUUUUACAAUUAACUAAAUUUUCUACUAUGAGUGCCGGCAAACAUUUAACUAAAGGAUCAACAUGCCCCAAACUUCCCGACGAUGGUAAACUACGUCUCUUUUCUAUGCGUUUCUGUCCUUUUGCCCAUCGUGUUCACUUAACGCUGGACGCAAAGAACGUUCCAUAUCAUACAAUUUUUAUUAAUCUUACCGAAAAACCCGAAUGGCUUGUUGAAAAGAAUCCCUUGGGCAAGGUGCCUGCUCUGGAGUUAGUCAAUGAAACUGGAAAUCCCAUUUUAACUGAAUCUCUUCUCAUCUGUGAAUACUUGGAUGAAAAGUAUCCACAAAAUCCACUUCUUCCAAAGGACCCACUUAAAAAAGCUCAAGAUAAAAUUCUUGUUGAACGCUUUGGUCCGGUGACUGGUUCACUUCAUAAAGUCCUAAUAAAUGGACCUGAAAACUCUCCUGGUGCUUUGACGGACAUCUCCCAGGGUCUUGAUAUCUUCGAAAAGGAGCUUGGUGAUCGUAAGACAGUUUACUUUGGUGGUGAUAAGCCUGGUUGGAUUGACUACAUGAUCUGGCCAUGGUGUGAACGUGCAGAGAUGCUCAAGUAUCUUCUUGGUGAUAAGUAUGAAAUGGAUCAAGAGAGAUUUAAGAAUUUGAUUAAAUGGCGUGAGGUUAUGAUUGAAGAUGCAGCUGUUAAGGGCACCUACUUGGAUGGAGAGACUCAUGCCAAAUUUAUCAAAACACGUCGCACCAAUACUCCAGACUACGACAUGCUCGUAAGUACGACAAAGAGGCAAAGAACUGUUUAAAAGCUAAAGACUCGCCGACGAGAUUGAUGUUUAAAUUAGAAGUUAAGAUUUUGAUCUUUAAUAUUGGACUUGUUCUUUUUUCUACUUUCAAUGGAUUUAUGAAAUUCCGUGCGAUUCUCUGAUAAAUCUUUAUGCAUAUACAUAUAAAUAAUUACUUUUCUACGAUUUUCAUACGCACACAAAGUUUAUGUUUUUGUUCUUUUUUUAUACAUAUAUAAUAAUUUAAUAUUGUAUACAUUUAUUUGUAGAAUCUAGAAUCUUAUGGAAUGUAAGUUUGAUAAAAUUAAGAAAACAAACAAAAUAAUAAACAA